CGAGACCACUGUCAACGAGAGCUCACUGAACGCCUACCAUGACUGUCCGCUCCGCUGUCUGGAUCCACACAGAAUGUAUUUCCCCGGAGUCGUUUCUCACUUUGCAUUUGCGGUAGCCAGCCCGUCGCUAGUCGUCCAGCUGGCGACCUAAACAAGAAGAAGAAGAAAAAAAAAACAUUUCUUUUGCACUUUAAAACAAGUUGGCUGGCUGGCUGGCUGACGGCCGUCGGUUUACACGGCGAGAACUCAUCGGCGAUUUUUCACGAAAAUUGUCUGGUUUGCAAAACCUCGCAACGGUCGACGACUUACAACCAGCUAGCUUUAGCUUGCGUUAUUUAGCUGCUUUUCAAAGUCAUUUUAUUCGUGUUUUUUGUUUUUGUUGUUAGUGGUGCUUCGUCCCCCUCCCCGCCCCCCAUUAUAUCGUGACGUUUUUUAACAAACUGUUUUUCGGCGAGUUUAAUUUCACGGCAUAUUUUGUUAUUUUUUUGUGAUGCUCAGAGCAUUAAUUACCGUACUUGCUGUGCGUAUAUCUGGCUGAGUAGCCGUUGUUUACCUCGGUAUCUUGUCACCAAGCUGCUUCUGCAGCAGUCGGCUUAUCUGCCAAGUCUGACUUUAAUUGCGACUGAAUCUCUGCUCCAUCUCUUUUUACGGGUAACUUUAGAAAAGACAUCGGAGAAUGCUUUUCUGCGUAUUUUUUCUGCCAUGCACCGACUCUUCACUGAAAGCUGCCAAAGCUGUGGUUAACGCAAGCUGAGAGAAGCUAGCGACAGAAGAAAGAGAACCAUUUGAUGGAAGAAAAGAAAAAGAAAAAACAAGACGAAAAGACCAAGACGGACGUCGCUCAGAAAAAGGCUGCUGAUCAGAAACCCAAAGUGCCAGAGCCUGCUCCCACUAAGCCCAGUCCCGGCCCACCCCACCACCUCCACCCCGCCAGCCCUACGCUGCCCCUCUCCUCCUCCUCCUCCUCUUCUGGCAAUGGCAAGCGCGCCUCCUCCAGUAGCCAACUCCCGACUCAGACUCCCCCUCAGCAGCAGUGCCAGUUGUCCUCUGCCAGUGCUCGCUACCCGCCCAGAGAGGUGCCCCCGCGCUUCCGCCAGCAGGAGCACAAGCAGCUACUGAAGAGAGGCCAGCCACUGCCUGCAGGAGCCCUCAGCGCUCUCACCCUCUCCUCCUCCUCUUCCUCCUCCUCUUCGCCCUCAUCAUCUUACUCUUCUUCUUCUACGACUACCAGCAGCACUUCCCCAAACUCUGCCACGUCCACUGCGAGCAAACGCCACCCAGACAUAUCCCUCCAGAGUGGCUCUGUUGCCCAGUAUGAGACCUCUCAUUGGGGAGCCUCUUUGCCAGUUGACAACUCCUCCAGUGCCAACAGCUGGGACAAAGUGAUUAUUGACGGAAGUGACACAGAAGCUUGGCCCUCCAUUAGCCGCAGCAGUGACCCCAGCCACCCUGCAGCAACAGAAUGCCCCUUGGGCUCAGUUAGCUCUAACGCAGACACCAGUGCUGUCACUACCACCAGUAGUAGUAGUUUUCUGAGUAUGGCCACAGGUGCCGCAGGCCAGCAGGCCCACUACCCCUCUCUUAAAGCUAACAAUAACAUGAUGACGGGACCUGGGUCAGCCAGCACGUGUGGUAAUCGAGGCUGGGGCUCUGAUGGGAAACAAGAUGGUAUGAACGGCAGCCGAGUAGGAGCACCUAAUAGCUGGGGCUCUGCCAAUUUUAACUUGAACCUCAAUCCCAAUGCCAACCCAUCAGCCUGGCCUGUCCUGGGCCAUGAUGGUGGUGGAGGUUGCAGUAUUGGCCCCAACGGUGUGUCAAACUCACCAUCCCUCCCACCAGGUAUCAACGGCAAUGGAAACAUUGGUAAUGGUAGCCUGGGAGGUGCAGAUAAUGGCGGGGGAGGUUGGGUUGGCAUGAUAAGUGCUAACGAAAAUGAUCAGCAGCGCUCUUCAACCAACGCAAGCUUGUCCUUCAAAAUGGAACAUUCUAACCUUAACACUGACGGACCAAACCACACUAAGCAGCAGCAGCAGCAAGCUCAGGAGCCUAUGAGCCCCAUCCAUGGGUUAACUGGCUGGGGAGGCCAGUCACCCACUGAAUCAUCCCAGCUCAAUGGGGACACAACAGGCAGCUCUGUAUGGGGUAGUGGAGAAACCAAGGCAGCUGACUCUCCCAAGGACUCAGGCUGGGAGUCAACUCCCUCUGGAAGCCUUUCUGCCUGGGGCCGCCAAGGCAGUGGCGGUGGGAGUAGUGGAAGCGGUGGCUGGGGAGACUGGGGUAAAUCCUCUGGUGGCGGAGAUGCAGCUAAAGGUUGGGACUCUGUAGAUGCUGGUAGUUCUGGUUCAGGCCAAGACCAGCAACUUGGUUCAUGGGGCCAGCAGCCUAGAAAAGCCCCAGCAAGCGAGGGUAGCGGGGACAGCAGCGAAAGUCAAUCUGGCCAGAGAAACAGGUCGUCCAGCACGGAUUUUACCCCUUUGUUACCCCGGCAGGACCUGGACCCAAGGGUGCUGAGUAACACGGGUUGGGGACAGACCCCCAUCCGACAGCACACUGUAUGGGAGAUGGAAGAAGCCAACUCUGAUGAUGGGAAGAGCAAAAGCAGCUCAGACACCAUAGGAGGCUCCAGCUCUAAUGGUGGACCCUCAUCCAUCAAUGGAGGUACCAUCAACCCAAAAAUGAGCCCCAGUCAGAGGCCUGGGUCUGGAGAAAAAAGUGACAGUGAAGGAUCAUCAUCCUCUGGCUGGGGAGCCCCUCCACCUCAGCCUAUCCAGACUGGAUCAGGAUGGGGGGACCCCCCACAGUCACACUGCAAAGCGCCGAAUGGCACUACCAGUGGCUGGGGUGACCCUUUACCUACCAACGGGCCUAGAAAUGGAGGCGCACCAUCCUGGGGUUCUGAGGAAAAGUCAUCCAGUUGGGACGAUGGCAUGACAAAAAGUCAGCCCACUAGCUGGGGAGAGGGCCCCAAAAGCUCCCAUGGAUGGGGCAACAGUAAUGGGAGCUCCAAUGGCUCCAGCACAGGGGAGUGGGGAGAGACAGAGGUCAAGAACAAUGGAUCCUCCAGCAGCAUGUGGGAAGGAGAAGGAGGGAAUGGAGAAAGUGGUGGAUGGAAGGAAAGCCCCAGGGGAGGAAAUAGAGGAGGAGGAGGCUGGGGUAAGCCCUCUCCUACCGUGAGUAAUAGCAGCUGGGGGGACACUUCACGUGCCAACGGCCAAUUGCAGGGAGGUUGGGGGUCUUCCAAGCCCCAGGAAAGCAGCAGCAGCAGCACUGGCAGUGGAGGAGGUGGCAGCAUGGGUUCAUGGGGUGGUCCCGGCACUGUUAAGCAGAACACAUCUAGCUGGGGCAACGGCAGCAAACAGGACCAGGGCAUGGAGCCCACUGGCUGGGAAGAGCCCUCUCCUCCCUCAAUCCGCAGGAAGAUGGAGAUCGACGACGGAACGUCCACCUGGGGCGAUCCCGGCACCUACAACAAGACUGUCAACAUGUGGGAUCGCAACAAUCCCAAUAAUAACCCAGGCAAUGCCGGCCCACCUCCCAGUAAGAAUGGUGGAGUGAUUAUCCCCAACAAUAACAACAAUCACUCGGUCGGCCCUGGCAACAACAAUCACCAUCACACACACCACAUGCACCACCAUCCCCAUACCCAUCACGGCCAGCCCCCAACUCACCUGCAGCACCAUGGAAACAACAAUGGGUCACCCAACAAUGGCGCCCCACAUCCCGGUGCAGGCCCCCAGGGUAGACCCCCGCUCGCCAACCCAGGUUGGGGAGAGCUUCCCAAUGUUCAACCCAAGUCGGAGCCUGCUUGGGGAGAGCCAGCAGCUCCAACAUCAACUGUGGACAAUGGCACCUCUGCUUGGGGCAAGCCCCCAGGGGGAGUAGGAGGAUGGGGAGACAGUGGCCACGAGCCCUCUGGACCCUAUGGCAGGCCCAACGGACCCACAGGUUCUGCACCCUGCAAACCAGGCCCCAAACCUAUGCAAGAUGGCUGGGGAAAUGGAGGAGAGGAGAUGAGCAUGUCUACCAGCCAAUGGGACGCUGAGGACGGGGACAUGUGGAACAGCCCCACAUCCCAGGAGAGCAGCUCUUCCUGCAACUCCUGGGGCAAUGGACCCAAGAAGGGUCCGAGCAAGGGGAAGAUGGGCAAGCCAGAUGAGGCUUGGAUCAUGAACCGUCUCAUCAAACAGCUCACUGACAUGGGCUUCCCGAGAGACCCUGCUGAGGAGGCUUUGAAGAGCAACAACAUGAACCUUGACCAGGCCAUGAGUGCCCUGUUGGAGAAGAAGACGGACCUGGACAAGCGGGGCAUGGGCAUGUCUGAUUACAGCAACGGCAUGAACAAGCCCAUGGUGUGUCGGCCCUCUGCGCUCUCCAAAGACCCCUCCGACCGCACCUCCUUCCUUGACAAGGAUGGUGUUCUGUCAGAUGAUGCUCCCCCAUCACCAUUUCUGCCUUCCCCCAGCCUGAAGCUCCCCCUGGCCAACAGUAGCCUUCCUGGGCAGGGUCUGGGACAGGGCAACCCGGGGCUGGCCAUGCAAAACUUGAACAACAGACAGAUACCCAGUGGAAUGUUUGGCAGUAGUGGAGCAGCACAAACCCGGGCCAUGCAGCAGCAGCCUCCUCAGCCACCAGUGCCACCUCUCAGCUCCUCCCAGCCUAGUCUACGUGCUCAAGUGCCUCAGUUUCUCUCCCCUCAGGUCCAAGCACAGCUCUUGCAGUUUGCAGCAAAAAACAUUGGUCUGAACCCUGCACUUUUAACCUCACCAAUAAACCCUCAACAAAUGACCCUCUUGUACCAACUUCAGCAACUGCAAAUGGCGUACCAGCGUUUACAAAUCCAGCAGCAGAUGAUGCAGGCGCAACGCAAUGUUUCCGGCCCCAUUAGACAACAAGAGCAGCAAGUUGCACGUACAAUCACCAACAUGCAGCAGCAGAUCCAGCAGCACCAGCGUCAGCUGUACCAAGCGCUGCUGAUGAAGCAGCAGCAACUUCCCUCUCAUUCCUCCUCCUCUUCCUCAUCCUCCGCUGGUCUGCAUCCCCCCGGUGGCCCCGCCGGAGGCCAUGGUUCCGGCAAAUCAACCCUGGACCCCUUCACAGGCCCACACCAGGCUCCGGGCCUCGCCGACACACUGCACACCAAAGAGCCACCGUCUUCGCCCAACGCCUACAGCACCUACCCUCUCUCUGGACUGAAUCCAAACAUGAAUGUAAACUGCAUGGAGGUUGGGGGUUUGUCCCUGAAGGAGCCCCCUCAGCCCCAAUCCCGCCUGUCCCAGUGGACACACUCCAACUCCAUUGACAGCCUCUCUGGCAACUCCUCAAACAUGGAGAACAACCUCAAUAAGCACGGUGCCAUAUCUGCUGCCUCUACCCUGGGCCCCCCUGGGAAGCCAGCCCAGAUGGAGGACUCAUACAGCCCUUACAAUCUAAUGUCCAGCUCUGAGUCCCCCACCAGCCCUUUGGUGCCCCCAGACAGCUGGGGCCAAGGCAAGAGCCCCAAUGAAAAGAUCUCCAACGGGACCAACAUUAACUGGCCCCCAGAGUUCUGCCCAGGUGUGCCAUGGAAGGGCCUCCAGAACAUCGACCCUGAGAAUGACCCCAACAUGACCCCUGGCAGCGUCCCCAGCGGUCCCACUAUCAACACCAACAUCCACGAUGUCAAUCGAUACCUGCUGCGGGACAGGAAUGGAGGUAAAUUGUCUGACAUGAAGUCCACCUGGUCCCCAGGGCCCAUCUCCCAAAGCCAAGCCUCUCUGUCCCAUGAGCUGUGGAAAGUCCCUCAGGGGCCGCGCAGCAAUGCAGCCCCUUCCCGGCCCCCGCCAGGCCUCACCAACAACAAACCCUCUUCCACCUGGGGCGGCAACUCGCUGGGCCUGGCCCAAGGCUGGAGCGGCUCCUACUCCUCUGAGGGAACCACCUGGAGUACUGACAGCUCCAACAGGACCACCAGCUGGCUCGUGCUGAGAAAUCUUACCCCACAAAUCGAUGGUUCGACUCUGCGGACCCUGUGCAUGCAGCACGGCCCCCUGAUCACAUUCCACCUCAACCUGACCCAGGGGAACGCCGUGGUGCGCUACAGCUCCAAGGACGAGGCCGCAAAGGCCCAGAAGUCUCUGCACAUGUGUGUGCUUGGAAACACCACCAUCCUGGCAGAGUUUGCCGGUGAGGAGGAGGUGAACCGCUUCUUUGCACAAGGCCAGUCGCUGGGGGCUAACACCACUAGCUGGCAGGCCAACCCGGGAACCAAUCAAAACCGGAUGGGCGGGGCAGCACAGUCCCACUCUAUAGGCCAGUGGAGCAGCGGCAGCGGCGGCGGAGGCAAGACCAGCGGAGGCGACCUACUGUGGGGCGGUGUGCCCCAGUACUCCAGCCUGUGGGGACCACCAAGCGGCGAGGACGCCCGUGUGAUCGGGAGCCCCACCCCCAUCAACACCCUGCUGCCUGGAGAUCUGCUGAGUGGGGAGUCCAUGUAGGAUGAUGCCACGACACACUAACCAACCAACCCACCACCACCAUGUCAAGUAAGCCAUUGGUGGAGGGUGGUGUGGAUAAAAAAUUCAAAACAAAACAAAAAAAAAUUCAAUACGAACAGGAGCAAAACCCAAGCAAAUCAUGUGGCGAUAAUCAGUAUCAAUUUAACUGUUUUGAACUGUGAACAGUGAAUCAGACGGCCGGGGUCCCAACCACAGACUGCAGACUCCCGUCCUUCUGUUUUGCUUUUGUCCUUUUUUUGUUUGGUUUGAGGGAAAAAAGCAACUUUUUUUUCCUUUCAGUAUU